AUGACAUGCAAUACGACUUUCUAUCAAUGUAAUAUAGGAAAUCAUAAGGAUCAUGGUCGUAUAUGGAUACCUGUUGAGCAAAAUCAUGAUAUAGCGAACGCUAUUUAUUAUAUAUGUGAUACAUCAGGACAAAAUAUCAUAGCUAUAUCGAUUACAGAUCAUUCCUAUAUCAAUCAUAUUCAUAAUAAAUUAUCAUUAACAAAUGUCGACGGUGAUGACAAAGUUCAAUUAUAUUGUAUACUGAUUUCUGAAUAUUUUAAACAAGCAAAAAGUCUUCAAUUUCAUCAACACUUACUCUUAUUAUCUAAAUGGCAAUCUAUAUACAAAUGUUAUAAGGCUAGAAUGAAAUUACCACGUGAUCUUACUCUUAUUGAUCUCUUGGGUUAUUGCCAAUGUCUAAUUAUGCUUAGUAAAUAUAGUGAAGUUGAAACUUUGUUACUAACUAUAUUACUCGUAAUAAAUGAAAUAGAUGAAAUAUGGUAUCUACUUGUUAAAGCACAGCAUAAUCGUAAAAAAGAAAAAUAUGAAACAUAUUCAUUAGUUAAAACAACUAUUCAUAAUGCACUUCGUUUGAAUAAAAAUAAUAAAGAAGUCAAAAAUGAACAAGCAAUAAUCAAGAAACUAAUAGCACGAAGAUCACAAGAAGAAGCAUCUGCAAAUCAUGAUAUCGAUCAUAGAAAAACGUGA